GGAGACCCAGGGGAUCGUGGGUACCUUGGCCCUCCAGGUAUUGAAGGAGCCAGGGGGGAGACAGGUGAUCGUGGUUUCCCAGGUCUUCCAGGAGAGACAGUCUGGAGUUACAGAUUUCAGAAGGGCCAGCCUGGGGCACCGGGAUCUCUCGGACCCCCAGGAUUCCCUGGGCAACAAGGACUCAUUGGGUUUCCAGGACUGCAGGGCGAGACAGGCCUGGCUCCCACUGUCCACCGGUCCCCAGGGGCCACCAGGCUCAACUGGAACAAAAGGAGAUCAAGGACAGCCAGGCCCUUCACCAUAGGGCCCCCAGGACAGGAUGGUGUCCCGGGAGGUCCUGGAGUUGAUGGAGAACCUGGAGAACCUGGAAUACCAGAUUUCCUGCCGGGAUGUUGUCCUCCCGGGGCUAAAGGUCUGAAAGGCCUGACGGGAUUCCCUGGAAUCAGAGGGGAUGAAGGGCAGACGGGUGAGAAGGGGGACCUGUGCUAUAUCUGCUCUCCUUUACCAGGCCCUCCUGCACCUCCAGGUAGACCAGGAGAGCCAGGGGAAGACGGACUGCCAGGCUCAGCUGGUUUCCUUGGACCCAAAGGUAACAAAGGGUUCAGAGGUAUUGGAGGACCACCUGGUUCACAGGGCACCUUCGGUAGCCCUGGCGUCCAGGGCUCUACAGGACCUAUCGGUGACCCUGCAGUCAUGUGGAGGGUUGGGCAGAAGGGUGAGGAUGGGGAUCCUGGGCAACCAGGACCACCAGGUUUUGAGGGGGCUGAUGGAGUUCCAGAGCAACAGGACCAAAAGGUGUUCUGGGAGAGAGGGAAACCUGGACCUCUGGGGGAAAAAGGUGAGAGGGGCCCAUUAGGCGAAACUGGUUCCAGAGGACUGUUAGGACAGAUGGGACCUCCAGGACCACCUGGGAUAGGGGCUCCAGGACCUCCAGGACCUAAAGGCAAUGUUGGAGUCCUGGGACCCCGAGGAGAUCCUGGAAAACCAGGAGACAAAGGUUCUCCAGGUGAAAUCCAGACCUAUCCGGGAAAUCCAGGACCAGAAGGAGAGAAAGGUCUACCAGGAAACCCCGGCCCUGAAGGUGUGACAGGACCUCCAGGUGUUCCAGGAUUUGCCGGUCCAAAGGGAGAAAAGGGAGAUAAAGGAUUUUCAGUCCAGGGGCCUCCAGGCUUCCCAGGGGUCAAAGGUCAGGAAACAAAGGUGUUCCAGGAGGCCCAGGUUUACCAAGUUUUGGUAUCAAGGGACGAGCAGGGCCAUCAGGCCCGCCAGGGAUGCCGGGCUCCAAGGGGGACAGGGGGAUUGGUUUUCCAGGUCAGCAGGGUCGCUCAGGCCCCCAAGGAGAAGAUGGCUCAGUGGGGCCACAAGGAGACUCUGGACUUCAAGGGUCAGAUGGGGCUCCAGGAGCUCCAGGACAAGAUGGACCUCCAGGACCAAAAGGUCAUAGAGGUCUGGAUGGUAUUACCGGUCCUGUCGGUCCUGUUGGAGUGUGUUUACCUGGAGCUACUGGUCCUGAAGGAGAGCGCGGAUCAAUGGGUGUCAUUGGAUUCACAGGGUUUGAAGGGCGACCCUGGGCUGCCAGGCAUUGGAGCCAUUGGGUCUCAAGGGCCAUAUGGGGCCCCAGGGUUUAAUGGAGAUAAAGGGCUAGUAGGAGAAGUUGGACUGAAGGGCUUGAGUGGGGCCAAUGGGGAGCCAGGAAGUCCAGGUAUCAGAGGGGACAUGGGUCCUCCAGCAGCGCCUGGGAGUCCAGGGGAGGAUGGAAAACCCGGAGAGACCGGUCAACUUGGACAGAAAGGUGAUGAUGGUGUUGAUGGGGUUAAUGGUUCUCAGGGGCCUGUUGGGAUUCAAGGAGACCCAGGAGCACCAGGACUAAAAGGAAUCCAAACAUCUGUGGCAGUGUACGGAGACCCUGGAGACCCAGGAGAUCCUGGGCCCCAAGGUUUCACUGGUUUGAAGGGAGAGAGGGGCCCCAUAGGUCCCCAGGGCCCAGAUAGCAGCGACGGUAGAUCUGGAAACCCCGGGCCACAGGGACCUACAGGAGAACCCGGGAGUAAAGGACAGAACGGACCUUCUGGUCCUUUAGAACUCAACGGUAACCAAGGCGUUAUGGGAUUCCAGGGGAAUGCAGGGUGUCCUGGUCCUCAAGGUACAAAGGGGACCCCAGGGGACUUGGGAGUCCCUGGUACCCCGGGAGAAUGUGGUCCCUGCGGUCCUAAAGGAGAGAAAGGACCCCCAGGAUGCAGAGGUCCUCCAGGGCCUUCUGGUGAAAAGAGCUGUGAUGGACCUUCUGGAAAAAAUGGCCCUCCGGGACCCACAGGCCUCACAGGAAACAAGGGCCUCCUGGAGAUCCUGGUCCAGCUGGUCUCAGAGGAAACCAGGGACAGGACGGGAUACCUGGACCUCCUGGAGAAAAAGGAGCCAUGGGAGCUCCUGGGAACGGGCCCCAGGGCCGGGAGGGAAGGAAAGGUCCACCUGGGUGUGCUGGGGAACAGGGUCCACCUGGCCCCUGUGGGCCUCCUGGUCCCUCUGGUCUUGGUGGACAUCCAGGUUGUACUGGUCCUCCUGGACCCCCUGGUCCACCUGGUUGUCCUGGCACGGAGGGAAUUUGCAUUGAAGGAGCCAAAGGAGAAAGUGGAUUCCCAGGAGAACAAGGACCCAAAG